UGUACGUGCUGAUCAGGGCGUGUGCGUGAGGUGCAACUAGAGGACGACCAACUCUAUCGGCUUCACUGGGGAACGCAGAGCUCCUACAUCUCGCUGGGAGUUCUCAAGAAAAGAAGGGAAGAAGACUCAUCCCGGCGUCGUUGACAUUUGGUUUUUCGACUAGUUAUCAAAUACUAAAUUAUCCACCAUGAAAUUACUCUGGGCUCUCGGUGCCCUUCUGUUGAGCUGCUGGCAAGCCAGUGCGUCCACAGCUCCAAACAUCGUUACUGAACCCACCGAGGUCAGCAACCAGACCUCUGCGGUCCUCAGCUGCAAUCUGACGGAGUCAAACCUUCCCAUCAAGGGCUCCCACUGGAUGCACAACGGCAAAAUCAUUGAAAGCUCCAAGUCCGAAGAGCCUUCUGCAUCAAUUACCUUCCAGUUGGAUAAGAUUACCCACACUUCUGGUGGAAAGUAUGAAUGUGUGUUCCUGACUGAACCAGAGGUGAAGCAGACUAUUGAAGUCAAAACUCUUCCUCAUGUUGGUGCCUACAAGCAUUCCGAGAACGGUAAUGAGAACGACAAAGCUGUGAUGGUCUGUAUUAGCCAUGGCUACCCACUGCCCACCGACUGGACCUGGUUCAAAGACGAAGAAGGCACCCUAAAGCCAAUUAUCAACGGCACUACUGACAAAUAUGAAAUCAAGAGCACUCCUAACAAGACCUCUCUGACCAUUAACGACCUGAGCAUUGAGAACGACAUCGGAGAUUACACCUGCUCUGGAACCAAUGAGCUCGGCACAACCAGCGACAAGAUCCAUCUGCGUGUGCGCAGUCGUCUGGCCGCUCUCUGGCCCUUCCUUGGCAUUGUGGCCGAGGUCAUCAUCCUGGUGACCAUCAUCUUCAUCUAUGAGAAGAGGAGAAAGCCCGAUGAGAUCACUGAUGAUGAUGACUCAGGAGCUGCUCCCCUGAAGAGCAAUUCUAAUGCAAAUCACAAAGACAAGAAUGUGAGGCAAAGGAAUUCUAACUAGAAGCUGAAACGGGUGGACCCCCACACUGCAGUCCAGGAUCAGCUGUUGUGUUGCACAUCAUAAUGUGCACCCUGCAAUUCUGAAGUACCUUUUUGUGCUUGGGUGUUAAUGUGUAAAGAGGUUGACUGAUUUCCUCUUGUUUAGUUUUCUUCUCUAUUAUUCUCCAUAUUGUGCAGCCAGAGAACAUAGUGUGAAACAAUUUCUGCUUGAGGCCAUGGGGCAAAUAUUGCAUGAGUUUAAAAAGCUGGUAUAGGAAAAUGUGUGUUUGUUGUAAAAUCAUUAGACUGUUCAUGUGAGGAAUGCUUAGUUUGUGGUUAUUUUCUGUUUCUGCUGAUGCUUCCUACACUGAUUUUUUUUUUUUCCCACCGUUGUCUUUGCUUUUAAUUCUCCAAUCAGGAAUGGUUCCUUGUAAGGCAUCAAAAACUUUUCUUUAGACUCUCUGAAACAUUUCUAACCCUGAUGAAUCACUGCCAUUCUUCGAACAACAACUGGAGUGUGCUUCACACCUUUAAUCUGUCCCUUCACCAACGCACAGACCUCCCUCUGCAGAGUGUUGUACUUUGCCUUAACAAGCACCAUUUUUCUUUCUCUUUUUGCAUUUUGUUACCUGUUGCGAGAUAUAAUGUGACACUGAAAAUUAAAUGCAGAAAUGACAGAGAUUCAAUGUCUGCUAGCUUUUGUUGCCGUAAGAAAUUAUAGGUCUUCAAAAAGAAAAGCUUUUGACCCUUUAAAUCGUGCUUUUGUUCUCUUUCCUUAUUGAAUACUUUGGGGUCCAAGCAGUGCCACUCGAAGCUAAAGCCUGGAGUAUAUUGUGCUCACUCUUUUCUACUACUACUUUUUUGUGCAGCAAACACUGUAGGACCAAUACUCAGCAAAAUGUGCUAAGUGGGUUGUAAGUUGGACCCAUUUCUCAGGCUUCUAUAAUGAUACUAUUUGACGCACGUAUGGCGCUGUUAUAAUCAAGCCUGAGUUUGUGUAGGUAUCUGAAAAAAACUGCUGAGAAUCAAAACUGUUGGAUUUGUUUCCUCUCAGUUGCAUCUUUUUGCUCUAAAUUGUUGUCUUCUCUGAAAAGGUGAAUUUAAUUUUUUGUAUUCAAAGUCCUAUUUUCUUGGGACCUUCUCUGAAACUUUUAAGCCAAUUGUCCUGAAACUUUUUUCAGGAUUAGCCACAAACUUUACUAAUCUUAAAUUAUGGCAAGAGUUUUUAAAUGGCUAUCUUUUUAAUGUAAAUGUGUCUUUUAGCUACAAUUUAACAUGAAUGCUUUUAAAUCUAAAUAAGUGAAAACAACCAAACCAGGUGCACAUGCUUGCGUACAAGGUGAAGACUUUGUUACUUAGCAUAAGGGGAUCCUUCCACCUGGAGGAACCACACAUCAACAUAAAUAAGCUCAACACUGAUUGGUGGAAAAUUUCUUAUGAAUAAUCAGUUUUGAAUCAUGUCGAAACAAUGUACAUAUCUGAACGCCACAUGUUCGUUGGUUGUCAGAUUUGUUGCCAUUGACUUAGCAGUGACAUUCACUGUCCUGCUGUAAUCAGUAUUGUGCACAUAACAUUUCUAUUUCACCAAAUUUUAAAUCUAACUUUGCCAAAGUAUUUGUAAAUGCACCCAAAACCAUUGAAUCAGGUGUCAUUUCUUUAGAAUUGUCAGCUAUAUUUUGGCUGUUUGAAGUUUAAACCAACGAUGUCUUUGUAGUGUGAUUUUCUCUCAUAAGUUAUUCCAGGAUAGUUUGUUGUGAGCGAGUGAAAAAUAAGUCACUGACUUCACAAAAUCCAGUUGGGUUCACCUGGUCGGUCCAAUAAGAAUCAAACACUAAAACGUUAAUGGCCUGCUUGGACCCCUCUCAACAGCAACUUUAUGUUUUAACUUUUAAAGUUUUAGUGAUCACAUGUUACAGAAAAACACCUAUUUGUCAGGACCAAGUGCAAGAUAGUUAACAUCUGUUACUUCUGUAUCAUUCAACUUUAUUACUACGCACUGAUUUUUCAAUGAAUACAGGACAUGAAGGAUGUAAUAAGAUGUUUUUCUUUCUUGCUCAAUGCUACCUGAGCUGAAACAUCUGUGUGCGAUUGUUGGACUGCCAUCUCUGUCCCUUUCACUGUGUAGAUGAUUCAGAAGCCAUAUGUUCCAUUUAUCAGAGUAUUGAUGUGAUUGGAUGUAUUCAGAGUUAUACUAAUAAAAAAGACCUAGACAGACUUGUGUAGACUGUUGUACCUGUCCAAAUACUUGGAGCACCAUCUGUUGUACAACUUGCACAGACUGAAUAAAGGUAUUUGAUUUUA